GCCAGUUAAACUUGAACUUCGAAGCCGUACGGUUGCUGUAGGGAACCGAUCAGUACGAAACCGUGAAGAUCUUUUCGCUGCAGUCCCACUUGCCAGUGGUGGUGGGCCGUGGGCUUUCUUUCGAGUCAGUCGCUUCAUGAUCUUGUAACUGAUAAAACAAACCAGGUGUUGGUAAACUUCACAAAGUAUUUAUGAUCUAGCGAGCCAUUGUAGUGUGUGUUUGAUUAAUUGGGCAUCAAGGAAUCAGAAGGUGUGACUGUCCGAAGUAAAAAAAACAGUGCUGCAUGUUAAACGCAGAAGAAGAGACAAGAAAGCGUAAUUAGAAGUGAUAUCUGGAGCAUUCACUGCGGAAUCCGUGCCGUUUAGUUUGCUGUUUAGGACCUGUGUGGCUGUAAAUGAAUAAUUAAUCGACAUGAUGAGGCGCCUCGUCGACUUAGGUCUUAUUAUCCGAAUAUGGCUAGUGUUACUUAGUGUCGAAACCAGCCAGUGUGACAAUGCUGAACCCAGAGCAUUAGAUUUAUCAGUUCCAUGGAGACCCCUUCCGUACCACGUGCCUCAGCAGCAGCUGAUCAGUGUGGCGAGUUUCGACACCACCAGCAAGGACGAACUAGUCCAUAUCGCGCAGCACAAUGCGCACAUCCUGAAGCAGUUCAACCAACCCAUCACCCAGUAUCAGAAUCAAAAUACGCAACAGUUGCAACCGGUGGGUGGACCAAUGCUACCGACACAACAGUCAUCGCCUCAUCAGGCGCCGCAACAGUCUCUGCAGUCACAUAUGAAGCCACCUCCCUACGGGGGACACACACCGGGACCGAAGUACAUGACCACGCCACUCCUGCUGACCAAUGUGAGCCCCGCCGGGGCGGCAGCGGCCGCGAUCGCCAUGCAAACCACGGCUCGCCACGCCAACAAGCCCUUCGGGCCUAAAUCGGAUCAAGUCACCACGCUCAAUUUGGUGCACUCGUCCACACCGAAGCUCGUGACUCCAUUGGCUGGCCAUCUGACUCCGGUCGGCGUCAAGGCGGCCAAAUUCAAUGGCCAAUUUAGGGAACCUGUCCACAACGCACAGCCUGCGAAUCUACAGAAAUCUACCAUGAAUGCCCCCCAUCCAGUGAUGAAUAAAAUACCAUCCCACAUGGGACUCGGCUAUCGCCCGAAGCAACCUGUGGCCGCCAAUUCUAACCGCUUGGAGCAUUACAUUUCUCCUAAUCACUUAUACGGCACCUACAUCCAAUUUGGACAGGGAUCAAGCCCACUGCAAGCAGCGAAGACCAAAUUUAUCAGCCAACUUGCCAGCCAUCCUAGCUUUGAUGCACAGCUCAAAGGUUUACUGCAUGCUGGCGUUGGUAAUGGCUACCAGCAAACGUUCGCCCAUAUCAAGAACAUGCAGAAGAUGAACUAUCUCCAACAGCAAAGCAAGCUGCAGCCCUUCUAUAAUCACAUUGCUCCAACCGACAUCGAUCUCCCGAAGAAACUGCAUUCAUCCGGAGAGAAGGAGUCCACCAAGACCCCUGUCACCCCAUCGACACCGCUUUUCCCACACAUCCCUCCUAGCGUCCUGACUCCAUUCUUCCAACAGGUUCAACAGCAACAACAGAGCAAGUUCGGGUUCAGCCUGAAGACCCAGCAUCCACCUCCGCCAGCAGCAUCUCCAGCUCCGACACAAUUCUUCAAAGAGAAACCCUACAAACACCAAUCUAAUCUGCAGUACGAUUCCCAUCAAAUUCAUCCUACCCCGCUCCAACAUCAUGGCACUGAAUCAUUUGGUUUUACAUCCUAUCAAAGCCACCAACAACUCCCAAUCAAUCAUAAACCCCAUGAAUCAGUUAAAUUCAAAGAAAACAAGCAUGUAUUUAAUGAAAUUCACGACGAAUACAGCCAAAAUUUAGUUCCGCCACCUCCCAGCACCCAGCAAGCUUUGCUUCCUACAAUAACCAACCAUGCGGAAUUCAACAAAGACCCGGCCGAAAUCCUUAACAAAUAUAACAUCAACUCCCAUUCUCCGCUCCAAGAUGCCAAUCGAUUCAGCUAUGAAUCGUUCGCUAGACCAAGUCCUUCAUCACACACUCCUGCAUCAACCCCAGGCUCCACUAGCUAUCCAUCUUCUACCUCUUCCCAAUCCCCACCUAGCACAACACCACGUCAACCAUUCUAUAGUCAUUCAAUCAUCUUUGGUGGCGAUCAUAAUGGUUUCAGCACCCCUGUGAUGGUUACCCCGGUUAACGACGACUGGAUUGGACGUGAUAAAUUCAUCACUACCGAAAAGCCCAACGUAUUCAAACAUCUCUAUCGACAGCAAGAAAGCGAAUACAAACAGCACAAGAUCAUGCACCCUAGCUACACAGGUCUUCCACCCAAUAAAAGACCCUCGUCUACAACACCUUUGUCGGUGUUGGAUGCCUCCACGGAGGAACCUCUCAUCACGCACAGCUUCUUCACGAUCGAGGAUGCGAUUUCUGACCCCACACUCAUCCCACCCAGCAGUCGUAACAAGUACAAGUACACUACUGAAGCCGAAAGCAAUCGAUUGGAUGAUCCCCAACCGGAAAUAGUCACCAUUGGGCCGGCUUUCUUAGAUUCCCAAGAACUUGGUACCACCACUCCAUACCCAAUGUUCAAGUCAAAGGGCCGCCGGCGUCGACCAAAGCCCUCCACCGAGCAGUCAAUUGAAUCCGAUUCAACUGAAAAUCCAGUAGAUCGUCCCAAUCGUAACCGAUUCCGCUUCCGGCCGCGACCGACUAUCGAUGGUGAAGUUGAAUUCAAAACUACAACCAAUACUCCGUCAACGACUCCAUAUUUCACGGAAGACAGCUCUCUUAGAAAACAUCGUAAAAAAAUACCAUCCAACGUGAAUCGGAAUCGGUUUUCGGCAGGUCGCGAUGAUCAAGACCAAGAGCAACAGGACAUUCCAGUUACACAAUUCCCAUCGGUAACGACCCCCUCUGUUUUCAAUACCCCUACGUCUCUGUUCAAUUUCAGCAACGAUAACAAUGGACUGCGGUCACGAUUCCGACCAACCAGCGGAUUCGACGUCAAGCCAGCUCGAACGAAAUCCAAAUUUAGUGACGACUUUGAAGAUCCGUUCAAAUCAUCUGAGGUCACACGAGACAGCGAGAACACUCGUGUCAACUUCAAACUGCAAAACAGUAAAACGAGUCUACGACUGCCUUCUUCUUCACCAUCAUUUGGGCCAAGCACGUCCUCCACGUUUGCAAGUUAUACUUCGGACGAAACCAGCGGUGAAGUGAACCGAACCAAACCGGAACUGAACCGACCUCGCUUCAGCAUCAAAGAGUACCGGAACAAGCUCAACCGGACGACGUCGACAACUACGACUUCCACCAGUAGUACUACCGCGGCAUCUCUUGGAUUGGUUGACCUUGACAUAACUACCCAAGCCUCGACAAAACUUCGCUUCCCUACGCGAAACCGUUUCGUACUAAAUACCCGAGUAAACAAAACUACUGAAUCGAAUGAGGUGCUUUCCGGUACCAUCAUUAACAGUAGCAGCAGCACAACAGACAAACCGGUGGUAACCAACGAAACUACCACUAGCACCACCACGAGGACAUCGUUCCGGCCAUCAGGAACCCGAAAUCAGUUCAAUCGGUUCACGGUGAAAAAGGUCACCACGGAGCAACCCCCGCAGUCAUCAACAGCGCCGGCCCGAGUCAUCAAUCGAGGCCGAAUUCGGCUGCAGGAUACAUCCACACAAGCGACGCCGAAUCGAACCGCCAUCCCAUCGUCGCUCAACACUAGCACCCUGGCGAACCGCCGUCCACCCAAAAUCAGCCUCCGACAGCGAAUCCAAAACUUCAACCGAAAAAAGGAAUCCGAGGGUCCGCUCAGUAACCCGGAGGCAGAGAACAACAGUCUCCUGAACACAUCCGAUGAGGUGAAACCAUUCGACGAUCUGUCGAUUCUGGGCACCGAUACGCAGAAUCGCUUCGAGGACUCAGUGCCAUCAACGUCGACCAGCACCAGCACCACUACGACGGAAGGCUAUCGCCAUCCCGAGACGGCCAUCAUGAAAAUCUCACCCAAGGACUCCUCCGGCAAUGGUUACAACAGCAACAACGACGGAGACUGGGAUCUGAAUAGUGCAUCGUCCGAUUAUUCUAAACGGGUCGUCGAACUGACCCUGUCGGCCAGCAAGGACAAGGGCUUCAAAUCGGUCAACAAGGGAUUGCUGUCAAGGCGAGUGCCAGGAUAUUUUACUCUAGCCACAGAGGAUCCCAUUCUGCCCAUUGAGGCAUUUUUUCCCCAGGUGAAAAAAGUGAGCGCGUGAGACGUAGUUGCGAGUGAUUAUUCAAGUCGAAUGUGAAGAGUGGGUGUCAGCAAAAAGUUGCUGCGGUUGAGUUGGUAUUCAAUUAUCGUGUCGGUAAGAUGAUUUUUCCGUGAUUGAGGUGAUGAUGAAUGCGAUUUCAUUUUUUUCUUGGAUGAAUGCGAAAGUUCAAAUGAAUGAAACUGAAAACUUAACCGGUUCGGUCUCAAUGAGUUUAGUCUAGAUUGCUACAAAAUAUGAUUUUGAUAAGAUAGACAUAUCGAAGUAAAAAUUAAAUUUCCACUUUAAAUGGCUCAAUAGAGACAGAGAACUUCAAUAUUUCGAUGGAUUCCAAUGAAUGUCGAAUGAUAUUUAUCAAAACGAAAGUCACAAAUCCACUCUAACUUUUGACCGGGCCCUUAUCCACAUAUUCUCACUCAUGCUGUGUACCGUAAGCGUGCUUUUCAGCUCUUGUUGUACUUUUUCCAACCGUGCGACGCCUUGAGAGUGAAAAGACAUUUACCGUACCCAUCUCCUCCUAAAAGUUUGACAUCAUUGGAAAUUUAACCAUCGUACCAGAUAUUGGAAACAACGAACCUAGUUAAGUUUCAGAUGUUUGCGCAAAUGCGAAUAGAUCAGUUAGUUGUGCGGAUACGUGUGAAGAGACCUACGUUAUCAUUUUACUUGUCAUAUGCGGCGGAUAGAUUCCCAUGUAGUCCUAAAUUUUCAACAUGUAUGUACGUUAGAAUUUUUACUCCCCUCACUAUUAUGAUAAAUUAUUACCAGUUAGCUGAUGUCUGUUUGUGAAGUGAUCAAAUAGGUAUUGAAUAAAAAACAACUUCUACACAGAAGAGUCUACUAGUUGGGGAGAAGCUAGGAAUGAAUUCCGAAGAAUUAGUUAUAAUAUGCUUCAUAUUUUUGUUAGGCAAUGUUGUCUAGUGAAUAUGUAUUUAUUAUAAAAAGAAAAGUGGAAUGAAUUCACAUGUGUACCUUUAGGGAAAAUAGAAGUACAUGGGCGGAUAGGAGAAUACUGAACUGAAUCAUAUGAUUCAUCAAAGCAGAGGACUAAAUUGUUGCUGCUAAAAAGUCUGUAAAUUAGAAUUUGUGUUGAUUACAAUAUUAUAUGUAACACGCUAGCAAACAUCUUCACAAUAACUAUGUGGUAAAGAAAAGCUAGCGAUAAAUGAAAAACAUAUUUAGUUGUAGAUAAUAUGAAAUAAACGAAAAUCUGUAAAUAGAAGAAUAAU